AUGGAACAGAACAUUGUCACACACCAACCCUCUCUGUCAGGGUCCAUGUUCCAGGAGAAGGACGACAGUGGCUUCACCAUCGGACAUGACAUGAACUGGAGGUUGAAUAACAUACCUUACGCGAGCUCAGUUGCACUGACUCAACCCGGCACGGGAGUCACAAGGACCACGGUCACCACCAUCACGCAAACAGGAGGCGACUGGAGCAGCGGACUCUUUGACAUCUUUAAAGACAAGUUCACAUGCAUUGUUGGUGCUUUGGCGCCGUGCUGUUUGGACCUGAAUCUUGCUCACCAGUAUGGUGAGAGCCUUUGUUUUCCUUUCCUGCCGGGGUCCACCUUUGCGAUGCGGGUUGCACUCAGGGAGAGGUACAAGAUAAAAGGGAACAUGUGUGACGACUGGAGUGCCGUGUGUUGCUGUUACUCCCUAGCCGUGUGUCAGAUGGUAUGA